AUCGGUUCAAGUUAGGUCAACUCUGCAAAGGAAUCCAGAAGACAGCAAGCAAAAAAACAACAAGAUGCUAUGCAAAUUCAAACUGCGAUCCUUAAUGACCUCUGUGGUUCUGCUCCUUGUGGUGCUCACCAUCCUGACAGAAGCUGCCUCCACGGGCAAAAGGAAGGAUAACAAAAGGAAAGAGGUGCACUCACGCACAAGGAGAAACACAAGCUACAUGCUGGAAUUGGAAAACAUUAAAUGGUCCUCGCACACUCCACCACGCAGGUGGAACAUCAUCCACGGUAGCUUCAUGAACCGCUCGGUGUCUCCCUGGAUCUACAGGCAGGACCAUGAUCCCAACCGUUACCCUGUCAUCAUCUGGAGAGCAGAAUGUGUGUCCUCUCACUGCCUGAACUCUGAAGGGAAAGAGAAUCUGAAUCUCAACACCCGCCUCGUUAAGCAGGAGAUGAUCGUGCUGAAGAAAGAGAGUCAUGAGAACCGAAUCACCUACCGUGCAGAGUUGGUGAUGGUUCCUGUUGCCUGUAUCUGUGUGCACCCAAUGGUCGUCAAAACCUAAAGGGAUCCGAUUAACAAAGGGUAAAGCCAGAUGAAGCCUAACUCAACACAGUCAGUCUUUAUUAUUCUAAAGUAUCAGUUCAGAGUGAGGAACAAAGCCAUUGAAAUCGCAAACUACCAGAAAGUCAGUCACAUUGUUUUGAAGUACCAGCUCAUUUAUACUGCACGCACCCUUGCCCAGCGAUACCACCCACUCCCUCACUCACACCACCCCUUCCCACCCUACCAUACUGACCAAUCCCCUGCCUCAUCCACAACACCCUUCCCUGCCAUACCCACACCCCCACCUCUGCCCUUGUGAACUCCGCCCUCCACUCACGCCAGCUACCAGGAAGCUCCUCCAUUUUGCAUGACACUUCAGCAGUUCUGGAAAAUCCUCCCUCACCCACAGCAGGAGUUGUUUCGACUCUGGGUCUUUCAAAGAGUCGGAAUAUCCCAAAUUCUCUCCUCAUGCAAUCGACAAACUCCCGGAAACCCAAUGUCCUUUCAAAUCAGAAGAACAUCAAAGUUUCUUUUGGAGGAAUCAUGUUAAAAUUAAGAGAUUCCCUCCCACCCAAUUAACAGUUAGAUUUUAAUGGAGGGAACCAUUUCCUUUAACAGUGCUAGGCUUCCCUUAGAAUCAGUAUUCCUGCCUUUCCCCUAUCCAAAUGGGAAAGUGUCCAUGUCAGGCCAGAAUUAGGCCCAACCUUCAUCCUCAAUUGUUGUUUUUAACUAAGAGCAUUGCCCUGCCCCAGUCCCUCUGGAGAAAAUGUCUCCAUGCCCAACACCCUUCAAUACUGCCUUUCCUUUUAAGACAUAUGCCAAUUUCAGAUGGACAAAACGACACUGUGUUUGUGACAUCUGGGGUCUUGCAUUUUGUGGCCCACGGCAAGUGACCGUCUCCUGGCCGACCAACCCCAGGCUCCCCUACCCCACCCAGAGGAGAGGCCUGUGCACACUGGCCUCAGACUCUGCCCGAAGUUCCCUGGGAGUGCCGAUCUCACAGGAUGAGGUAUGUGUGAGGGACAAUCCAUACUGUGUUAGGCAUUGCCACUCCUUCCCGCCCAAGGGACACAGUCACUCUGUUACAUUCUGUGAAUGAAACAUAAGAAAUGGGCCGUGACUUUGAAGAUGUGACAGACACAGGCCACUCGCUGCCAACCCAGUCAAUGUCUGUUUCCCAGACAAGCAGCAAACCCGGGGAACAGCACAGCUGGAGUGAGCCGGAUGGAAAUGGGAUUGCUUGGGACCCAGAGCAAGUGAAGUACAAAUAACCAGUUCUGAGUGUAGCAGAUGAUUGAAGUACUGACCAUGUCAGAGGCAAAAUGGGCCUUGCUGGUAGCUGGCUGGUAAGCUCUCUCUCUGGCUUCACCUCAUUGGUGAGGUUUGGGAGUGUCUGUUGGAUCACUUUAGCAUGGAAUUGUACAAUUCAGGAACCACU